AUGGCUCCGACCAAAGCGCACAUAUUCGACGAGGCGCACAUAUUCGACGAGGCCCACAUGCCGCGUGGGCCGGCGAACUACGCGCCGCUAACCCCGCUAACAUUCCUCGAGAGGGCGGCGCGGGUCCAUCCCGAGUCGCCGUCCGUGAUCUACGGCCGGCGGCACUUCACGUGGGCGCAGACCUUCCUCCGCUGCUGCCAGCUCGCGGCGGCGCUGGAGCGCGCGGGCGCGCGCAGAUACGAGCGCGUGGCGGUGCUUGCGCCCAACGUCCCCGCGGCGUACGAGGCGCAGUUCGGCGUGCCGCUCGCGGGCGCCGUGCUCGUGUCCGUCAACGCGCGCCUCGACGCCGCCUCCGUCGCGCGCAUUCUCGCGCACAGCGAUAGCAAGGACGAGCAGGACCCAAUAGCACUCAACUACACCUCAGGCACCACGUCAGCACAGCCCAAGGGCGUGGUCUACUCCCACCGCGGCGCUUACCUAAACGCGCUAAGCGCCGCGCUUAUGGUGCAGCUGCGCACGCACGCGGUUUUCCUGCUCUCCGUCCCGCUUUUCCACUGCAACGCGUGGUGCUUCUGCUGGUCGCUCCCUGCUGUCUCCGGCACGGGCGUGCUUAUAAGGAAUGUGAGUGCUCGCGCGAUUUUUGCAGCGGUGGUGGAGAGAGGGGUGGAGGUGAUGGUGGGGGUGCCGGUGGUUCUGAAUCUGAUGGUGAAUGCUGACGAGGAGGAUAGGGCGCUGCUGGGAGCGAGGUGGGGAAGGAACGGCGAGGAAAGAGGGGAGGUGGAGCAGACAGCGUGGGGUAACGAUGAGCAACAGCAUAGGGUAACCAGCAUGGUGAAGAACACCAAGAAGGUUACGGUACUGACAGGCGGCGCCCCUCCCCCAGCAGCCAUUCUGGCCCAAAUGGAACAAAUGGGUUUCGAUGUUAUCCAUUCCUAUGGAUUAACUGAGACCUACGGGCCGGCCAUGUUCUGCGACUGGAAACCUCAUUGGGACUCCCUUCCCCUGCCCGACCGCGCGAGAAUCAAAUCUCGGCAGGGCGUGCGGCAUAUCGGGCUGCAAACUGCUACAGUGGUUGAUAAUAGGACGCUGCGGCCUGUGCCUAUGGACGGUGUGACUAUAGGCGAGGUGGUGUUUAGAGGGAACACGGUCAUGCGGGGGUAUCUACAUGGGAGGGAGGAGACAGCUGCUGCGUUUGCAGGUGGGUGGUUUCACUCGGGGGAUCUGGCCGUGGUGCAUCCAGAUGGGUAUGUGGAGAUUAAAGACCGUUCUAAGGAUAUAAUAAUAUCUGGUGGGGAGAAUAUUAGCAGUAUUGCGGUGGAGGGGGUGCUGUAUCGACAUCCUGCAGUGCUGGAAGCAGCAGUGGUGGCAAGACCUGAUGAUAAGUGGGGAGAGACGCCCUGUGCCUUUGUGGGGCUCAAACCUGGCUACACGGUUACCAAUGGAGCUACUGCAGGAGGGGUUGAGCAUGUGGGAUUGAAGCAGGUGGGACCUGGGCAGGUGGUAUCUGAGGAGGAUAUUAUUCUGUUCUGCCGGGAGCACCUGCCCCAUUUCAUGGCGCCCAAAAGCGUUGUUUUCGGCCCGCUGCCCAAGACUGCGACGGGCAAGAUCCAAAAGUUUUUGCUGCGGGAGCGAGCAAAGAAACUGGGUUCGCUGCCUUGGCGGGGGCUCAGGAGCAAGCUGUGA